AACAGAUUUCCAAUCUUUAACUUCCUUCUCUGUUUCCCCCUCCUUUCCUUCUUCUUCCACUAAUCGCGGCUGAUUUUCAAUCUGCUACUUAAACCUCUACCUCCUCUUCUCGUCAUCAUCAAUGGAUUCAUGAACAGAGUACUCCUGUGGUGUAUAUUGUUCUUUUGUAAAAGAAAAUGUUUGAAGGCGGUUCUAAAUCUCAGUACAUGAGUGGCCAGAGGGAGAAGUUUUUCAGGUUGGAUGACUUGGACUCUGGAUCAUCAUCGCCUUCUGACACCAGACUAAAGAGGUGUGGAUUUAAUGUUGAGGGAUUAACUCAUGCAGGCCAUUCAAACAAAACAACAUCUAGAUCUUUUAAAAGAGGAAUUAUAAAGGGAUCAGAAGGACUUAAGUCAAUUGGUCGUUCACUUAGAUUUGGAGUUUCUCGGGCUGUAUUUCCAGAAGAUCUUAAAGCAUCAGAGAAGAAGAUAUUUGAUCCUCAGGAUAAACUCCUACUGUUAUGCAAUAAAUUGUUUUUCAUAUCGUGUAUUCUGGCAGUAUCUGUGGACCCUCUGUUUUUCUAUCUGCCAGUUAUUGAUGAUUCAUCAAAGUGUCUUGGUUUAGAUCGCAAAUUAGCAACUGUAACAACAACAUUGCGGACCAUCAUUGAUGCAUUCUAUCUUGUUCGCAUGGCUCUUCAGUUCCGUACGGCUUAUAUUGCUCCAUCAUCUCGGGUUUUUGGACGAGGUGAACUUGUCAUAGACCCGGCACAAAUAGCAAAGCGAUACUUGCAGAGAUAUUUCAUAGUUGAUUUUCUUGCUGUGUUUCCCUUACCACAGAUUGUUGUUUGGAGAUUUCUUCAGAGCUCAGAGGGGUCAGAUGUAUUGGCUACAAAACGAGCUUUGUUCUUUGUUGUCUUGCUUCAGUACAUCCCUAGAUUUCUUCGAAUCCAACCAUUAACUUCUGAAAUGAAGAGGACAACAGGUGUCUUCGCAGAAACAGCUUGGGCUGGUGCUGCAUAUUAUUUGCUGCUCUACAUGCUUGCUAGUCAUAUAGUAGGGGCAUUAUGGUACUUGCUUGCUCUAGAACGCAAUGAUGCAUGCUGGAAGCGGGCUUGUCAAGAUGCAGGUAGAAUCUGCAACAAAAAUUUCUUGUACUGUGGCAAUCAGCACUUGCAAGAUUAUGAUUCUUGGGCUAGCAUCAGAGAUAAUGUUCUUCAAUCAAACUGCUCAACUGAUGGUGAAAAUCCACCAUUUGAUUUUGGGAUUUACACGAGUGCUUUGUCAUCGCGCAUCAUCAUUUCAUCUACAAAGUUUGUCUCCAAGUACUGUUACUGUUUAUGGUGGGGUCUACAAAAUUUGAGUACAUUAGGCCAGGGGCUUCAAACUAGCACCUAUCCAGUAGAGGUUAUAUUUUCCAUAGCAGUUGCUGUUUUUGGACUUAUUCUCUUUGCUCUUCUGAUUGGCAACAUGCAGACCUAUCUCCAGUCUCUAACUAUUCGACUUGAAGAGAUGAGGGUCAAAAGGCGUGACUCAGAACAGUGGAUGCAUCACCGAAUGCUUCCACCAGAGCUCAAGGAGCGAGUGAGGCGUUAUGACCAAUAUAAGUGGCUGGAAACACGUGGUGUGGAUGAAGAACACUUGGUUCAAGGCCUUCCAAAGGAUCUGAGGAGAGAUAUAAAGCGGCACCUCUGCUUGGCUCUGGUUAGGAGGGUUCCUCUGUUCGAGAAUAUGGACGAGAGGUUGCUCGAUGCCAUUUGUGAGCGGCUGAAACCCUGCCUAUUUACAGAAAAGACUUACAUAGUUCGUGAGGGCGACCCAGUUGAUGAGAUGCUUUUCAUUAUUCGUGGUCGCCUUGAGAGUGUAACAACAGAUGGUGGGAGGAGUGGGUUCUUCAACCGUAGUUGGCUAAAAGAGGGGGAUUUCUGUGGUGAAGAGCUUUUAACCUGGGCGUUGGACCCUAAAACCGGUGCUAACCUUCCAUCCUCUACUCGAACAGUGAAGGCUUGGACUGAGGUUGAAGCUUUUGCCCUGAUAGCUGAGGAGUUAAAAUUUGUGGCUAGUCAAUUCAGGCGUCUUCACAGUAGGCAGGUGCAACAUACAUUCCGGUUUUACUCACAGCAGUGGAGGACUUGGGCUGCUUGCUUUAUCCAAGCUGCAUGGCGCCGUUAUUCUAAAAGGAAGAGUAUGGAGCUUCGUCGGAAGGAAGAAGAAGAUGAAGCAGAAGCAGAAACCCGUAGUAAUGCUAGUGGAGGUUCAUAUAGUAUUCGUGCCACCUUCUUAGCUUCCAGGUUUGCAGCCAACGCCCUUCGCGGUGUUCAUAGAAAUCGGAUUGCAAAAAGUGCUAGGGAGUUGGUGAAACUACAGAAGCCCCCAGAGCCCGAUUUUACAGCUGAAGAUGCAAAUUGACUCUGAGGUACGAAUUGUGAUAUGACUUUAAAAUGAAGGUUGUUUCUUCCGCCAUGACUAAUGGAUUUGGAUUUGCUUAUAACUGAAACAAGUCUGCAUGUGAAUGUAAUACGCUUAACCAUCCUGAUGAAUUACAAGUACGAGCUGUUGUAUUUGCAUGCUUAUCCAUAAAAAUUUACAGGGCUUUUUGCCCUGUUGGUAAAAGGUGAACCCUUUUCGACUUUAUAC